UAACAUAAGCGGAAGAGAGUCAAUCACGUCUCUUCAUUUCGUUCUUCAUCAUCUCUUCCCCAAUGGCCGGAUCAGCUCUACCUCUCCCACCACCACCGCCACUUUCGUUCCACUCUCCCCCGCCAAACCAAACCCGCCGCUCUUCCACCUUCGCCCCACCAACAAACCCAACUCCCCAAACACCUUCAAUCCGCUCCCGCCUCAGCAGAAUCUGCCAAGAAGGAAACCCACAGCUCGCACGCCAGCUGUUCGACGCAAUUCCCAAACCAACAACCGUCCUAUGGAACACCAUUAUCAUCGGCCUCAUCUGCAACAAUCUCCCGCACGAGGCUCUCCUUUUCUACUCCCGGAUGAGAAAGACCGCUCCUUUCACCAAAUGCGACCCUUACACUUACUCCUCCACGCUCAAGGCCUGCGCCGAGACCAAGAACCUGAAGGCUGGUAAAGCCGUGCAUUGCCAUUUGAUCCGGUGCUUGCAGAACUCGAGCAGGGUUGUUCAUAACUCUCUGUUGAAUAUGUACGUUUCUUGCUUGAACCACCCUCCUCCUGGAAGCGAGUACGAUGUGGUGCGUAAGGUUUUUGAUAGUAUGCGUAGGAAGAACGUUGUGGCGUGGAAUACGUUGGUUUCUUGGUAUGUGAAGACGGAGAGACACGCAGAGGCGUGUAGGCAGUUUGGGAUUAUGAUGAGGAUGGAGAUUAAACCGAGUCCGGUUAGCUUUGUGAAUGUCUUCCCCGCGGUGGCGAGUUCGAGAAGUGUUAAGAGAGCUAAAGUAUUUUAUGGUUUGAUGCUUAAGUUGGGAGAUGAGUAUGUGAAGGACUUGUUUGUUGUGAGCUCGGCUAUUUCUAUGUAUGCAGAGCUUAGCGAUAUUGAAGCGUCACGGAGAGUGUUUGAUUCUUGUGUAGAGAGGAACAUUGAGGUGUGGAAUACAAUGAUAGGAGUCUAUGUUCAGAACGAGUACCUGGUUGAGAGUAUAGAUCUUGUUCUUGAUGCAAUAGGAUCGAAAGAGAUUGUGUCUGACGAAGUAACGUUCCUCUUGGCAGCGAGUGCAGUUUCAGCGCUGCAGCAAGUGGAGUUAGGUAGACAGUUUCAUGGUUUUGUCAGCAAGAACUUUCAGGAGCUUCCCGUUGUGAUAUUCAACUCGUUGAUGGUGAUGUACUCGAGGUGCGGCUCUGUGCACGAGUCCUUUGCGGUCUUUGUUUCGAUGCGAGAGAGAGAUGUUGUGACGUGGAACACAAUGAUCUCUGCGUUUGUCCAAAACGGCUUAGAUGAUGAAGGAUUGAUGUUGGUGUAUGAGAUGCAGAAGCAGGGGUUUAAGAUCGAUUACAUAACAGUGACUGCUUUGCUUUCGGCUGCGUCGAAUCUUAGAAACAAGGAGAUUGGGAAGCAGACUCAUGGUUUCCUUAUAAGGCAAGGGAUUCAGUUCGAGGGGAUGAACAGUUACCUUAUUGACAUGUAUGCUAAGUCAGGUCUAAUAAGGAUCUCAGAGAAGCUUUUCGAGAGAAGUGGCUAUGCUGAAAGAGAUCAAGCUACUUGGAACUCUAUGAUGUCCGGGUACACGCAGAACGGACACACAGAGGAAACGUUUGCUGUGUUCAGGAAGAUGUUAGAACAGAAUAUCAAACCCAAUGCCAUAACUGUGGCGUCGAUUCUCCCUGCGUGUAGCCAGAUAGGUAGUUUCGACUUAGGUAAACAGCUACAUGGUUUCUCUAUAAGGCAGUACUUGGAUCAGAACGUAUUUGUUGCUUCUGCGUUAGUUGAUAUGUACUCAAAGUCAGGAGCGAUACAGUACGCAGAAAACAUGUUUUACCAAACGAAAGAGAGAAACUCUGUGACGUACACCACGAUGAUAUUGGGGUAUGGUCAACACGGAAUGGGUGAGAGAGCUAUCUCGCUGUUUCGUUCAAUGGAAGAGUCUGGAGUCAAACCAGAUACUGUCACCUUUGUUGCAGUAUUAUCAGCUUGCAGCUAUUCCGGUUUAGUGGAUGAAGGUCUCAAAAUAUUCGAGGAAAUGAGUGAAGUUUAUAACAUCCAGCCUUCCAAUGAGCACUAUUGCUGCGUUACAGACAUGUUAGGGAGAGUAGGCCGCGUUGAUGAAGCCUACGAGUUUGUUAAAGGGCUUGAUGAAGAAGGAAACAUUGCUGAGCUAUGGGGUUCGGUUCUGGGAGCUUGUAGAGUACAUGGUGAGAUUGAGCUUGCUGAAACUGUUUCAGAGAAGUUAGCUAAAGUGGAUAAAGGGAAGAACUUUUCAGGAUAUCAGGUUUUGCUCUCGAAUGUGUAUGCUGAGGAACAGAAAUGGACGAGUGUUGAUAGGUUGAGGAGAGGAAUGAGAGAAAAGGGUUUAAGGAAAGAAGUUGGUCGUAGUGGGAUUGAAGUUGCAGGUAAUGUAAAUUGUUUUGUGUCUAGAGAUCAAGAGCAUCCUCAGAGUGAUGAGAUAUACGAUGUCAUUGAGGGUUUGGCUAAAGAUAUGAGAGGCGAUUCGCAUCUGACAACAUUCCCUAUGGUUACCCCAAGUUUGGAAUUAGAGGAGUGAUGUAGAAUGCUAGUAACUCUUUUAGCUCUCACAGAAUAAGGAGAGAAGAUGUGUUAAGAAGUGAGAUGAUUCAAGGUGGGUAAGCGCCCAAAACUCUCAUUUGUUGGUAACAUUGCAGCAAUUCUCUAUGGUCAUAAACACUCCUUGUUCAUCAUUGGAAGAGAAACAUUAUUCAGCCAGACAGGAGAUGGAGGUUCUAAGCCAUUGGAAGACGAUUUAAGUGAGAUUGUAGAACCGUUAUUUGCCUCGCUUUGUACACUUUGUUCUUUGUAUACAAGUACCACUGCAAGCUGAUCAUCUCUUGUAAUGAUGUAUAUAAAUAAAUAAAACAAAACCAUUGUAGUUUC